GGCAGCGCGUUUUGUGGGGAGGAGAAUGAUGAUGUCGGAGCAGGACAGCGCGAAGGGCCGAAACCGCGGCGGAGUGCAGCGAGUGGAGGGCAAACUUCGGGCCAGCGUGGAGAGGGGGGACUACUACGAAGCCCACCAGAUGUAUCGCACCUUAUUCUUCAGGUACAUGGCCCAGGCGAAGUAUGCAGAGGCCCGAGAGCUCAUGUACAACGGAGCUCUGCUCUUCUUCAGCUACAACCAGCAAAACAGUGCAGCAGAUCUGUCCAUGUUGGUGUUGGAGACUUUAGAGAAGUCUGAGGCCACAGUAGAAGAGGAUAUAUUAGAGCAUUUGGUUAAGCUGUUUAGCAUGAUGGACCCGAACUCGCCCGAGAGGGUAGCAUUUGUUUCCAGGGCGCUCAAGUGGUCCACCGGGGGCUCAGGGAAGCUGGGACAUCCCAAACUGCACCAGCUUCUUGCUCUCACACUGUGGAAAGAACAAAACUACAGCGAGUCACGCUACCACUUUCUGCACUCCUCUGACGGCGAGGGCUGUGCACAGAUGCUAGUGGAGUAUUCCGCCGCCAGGGGCUUUCGCAGUGAGGUGGACAUGUUUGUGGCCCAGGCAGUCUUACAAUUUCUGUGUCUAAAGAACAAAACUAGCGCAUCAGUGGUUUUUACCACGUACACACAAAAGCACCCAUCCAUAGAGAAAGGCCCUCCGUUCGUGCAGCCUCUCCUGAACUUUCUCUGGUUCCUCCUGUUGGCAGUGGAAGGUGGGAAGCUGACAGUCUUUACAGUGUUAUGUGAGCAUUAUCAGCCGUCACUGAAGAGAGACCCCAUGUAUAACGAGUACCUGGACAGAAUAGGACAGCUGUUCUUCGGAGUACCACCAAAACAGUCGUCAUCAUACGGUGGCCUGCUAGGGAAUCUGUUGAACAGUCUAAUGGGUUCGAGUGAAGAGGAGGAGGCCAAGGAGGCUCAGGAGAACAGCAGCCCCAUCGAGCUGGACUGAAAAUCGUCCACCCACAACCGGAGGCAGUCUUUUCCUUCCAAAAGUAACCUCACGACUUCUCCGCCAUCCCAAAAACAAAAGCACCAAACCAGAGUACCCCCUCUCUCCACCACCGCCGGGAAA